AGAGAGCACCGCGCGAGGAGUGGGCGGGACGGCGACACCAGGUAAAGGUACUGACGCGAGGGCGCGCGACGGGAGAGUUGAUAUUCCCUUCCCCUGCUCCAGUGGGCACUUGGGCUCGUCCUGGCGGGUCCUGGGCUGGAACGCGGAGCAAACCAUCGCACUGGAGGGGAGACGCGCUCCCGGAGCGUCUGGAGCGGAAGCCUGAACGCCCUCGGGGCAGGGAGGGCCUGAGCAGCCUCUCCCUGGGAUUACCCAGAACCAUGGGGAAGAGAUACUUCUGUGAUUAUUGUGACCGCUCCUUCCAAGACAAUCUCCACAACCGGAAGAAGCACCUAAAUGGCGUCCAGCAUCUCCGGGCCAAGAAGGUCUGGUACGACCUCUUCCGAGAUGCUGCAGCCAUCCUGGUGGAGGAGCAGAACAAAAGGCCUUGCAGGAAGUUUCUGGAGACAGGUCAGUGUGACUUUGAUUCCAACUGUCGCUUCUCGCACAUGACAUCGGGGGACCUGGAGCAGCUGGCAGCCCAGGUACAUGAGGAGAGACUGUCCAGAGAGCAGGACAUAGUAGAGGUGCCAGAGGGUGGCAUUGAAGACUGGCUGGAGAAGCGGGCUAAGCGACGGAGCUCUGCCCAGAGCAGCAGCAUGCUGUCAACCAAACCCGUGGUCUUCCAGUACCCACCCGGGUGGCCGCCCAUCCAGGACCUGCCGCCAUCCCUGCGGGCCCCACCUCCUGGAGGGUGGCCCCAGCAGCCCCACGUGCAGUGGGGCUGAGAAGGCGGCUCACUGUGUCGUCCCUGCCACGGAAGCUCCUCUAGACGUCUGGGGGUGGGGGUGGGGUUCAGCCUGUUCCCUAGAUUGUCAUUAAAGGUGCCACCCUGGCAAGGAAACGU